AUGCUGAAAUUCGGUUUUAAGCGGUUUUAUACAAACCUCUCGUUUUUUAACGCUCAUGUGUACAAGUUGCUGUAUUCUGUGGCAAAAUGUGUAUUCGCGUCCUUUUUGUUCUUUCAUCUGAUACGUUCUCAGAAAACGUCGUCUACGACGGGCAGCAGCUACUUUGAGAUGGAGACAUUAGAAGAAGAGAGCAGACGUGUGUUAAAGAAGCAACGUGUAUGUGUGGCGCAGAUUAAUCUUCAACUCGACGAGCUGCUGAUGCACGUGGAUACGACGAAACAGCAACUUGAAGCGCGACAGAAGGAGCUUUGUCGAAAGAAGAAUAGGCAAUUGAAGGAGCCAUUACUUAGCUCAGCAAAGAAUGAGGAAAAAGGCAGUCAAGAUGCUAGCAAUAAUGAAGCAACCCAAUUUUUCAAUGAUGAUAAAACACUGUUGGAGGUAGCUGAGUCGUCGUACAAUGCUGAAGAGUUGAAGAUAAAGCAAGAAGAUGUAGGAGUCGAGGAGCAGGACAAUGAGACUGAGUGUAUCUUGAAGGACUUUAUUUAUCGGGUGCAACAGCUUAAUAUUGAGAAGAAUGUUGCUAGAGAAUUAAAAGCCAUCCACAUACUGCUGUCCAAGCUCUCAAAGCAUAUUGACAAGAACCUUUGCACAGAUAUCGCCAAGGUGUGUGGUACAAAUAAACUCGACCAGAAACUUGUGUGGCGUCUGGUGGCGGAGUAUCUUUAUCAAGAUGGACAGAUUGAGGCGGCUGAUACCAUGUGCAAGGAGGCGGGACUCGAGCUGCCCUUGACAUUUAGAGAAAGUUUCAUCGAGUUGCACCAGAUCUUGAAAGCAAUAAAAGAACACGAUAUACAGCCUGCACUUGAUUGGGCUCGGAAGCAUCGAAAGGAACUAGGACGAUUGGACAUUGACAUUGAAUUUGAAUUGGUUCGACACAAGUACGUGGACAUCCUUGAGUCUUCACCAGACAUGAUGGAUGCAGUCAGCUUCGCCAACAAGGAACUCCCUUAUUUUCAUCAGACACACUACGAAGAGGUGGGUGUGUUGAUGAGCUGCGUAUUAUUUAAAGGCAAACUGGAAGAAUCGCCGUACAAAAAGCUGUUCAAUGACGAUCGCUGGAAAGAUAUUUACGACGCCGUGAUCCAAGCAUGCUGCCGACUUUGUUCUGUUCCAUACCGGUCUUACCUCGAAACAUGUUUGUCAGCAGGUAUACCGGCACUGCCUGCGAUGCGCAAGCUUGCAUCUGUUAUGGAUGGUAAGCUAGCUGAUUGGGCCAGCAUAGAGGAACUACCUGUGGAGAUUCCAAUUGCAAAAGAGCUUCGAUUUCACAACGUGUUUUCCUGUCCAGUGUCGAAGGAAGAGAGUACCCCAGACAACCCACCAACAAUGCUGAAGUGUGGCCAUGUGAUUUGUCGCUCCUGUGUCGAUCGGUUCUCCUACAACAUGACUCGACGAUUUAAGUGCCCCACUUGCCCAGUCGAACAAACAGAAAGUGAAACGCGUAAGCUGUUCUUUUAA